GGCUGAUGCCUUGUAGCUGUCUGGCCAUUCCACCUUAUGUGCAGUAGACUUUACAGAUGGAUAUUAGUUUCUUUGCCUCCUGUUGAAAUGAUUCAAAAAUAGCCAUGUCAUGAAACCCAAAUAAAAAUGAGUGACAGAGGAAAAGAUAUUUGAGAUAUCACACAAUCCUCUGUGAGUCUGUUAGAAAGAGAGGAACCUAAAGGUAAAAGUAGCACAUUUCAAAACUAACUGCAGAAAGCCUGGUGGAGGAAGAAGCUUCUAUAUUGUUGAACAUCUUUGGAUUUGGCUGAACGGUCCAAACUGAGGGAAUACUUGUUGACAAAUAAGCUCUAUUCUGCUGAAUCUUUGCUUUUCAGGAAAUGAAUAGACACACUGGCUUCAAGCGCCCUGGUGUGGUAGUCCAUGAUGCCCAUGGCUUGAAGAACUUUUGGGAAGAAGUAAUUGAAUCAUACACCAAGCAAAAAGAGAUGGAAAAUUCACGAUUAAGCAGAAGUGCUUUGAGCAAGCUCCGACAUGAAUGGGCGCAGAGGCUGGAAGGUCGAAUAAAGAUGCUGAAGAAGACCAGUGAAAAGCCAAAUGUGCACACGAGCCUACUGCCAAUUGAAACUUUACAGCCAGUGCAUAAAACAGCAGCCUGAAUCACUGCAGAAAUGUGAAAGCAUGUCUUUUCCGAGCACUGACUGGACGUAAUUUUGUUCUUGGGUACACUAUACUGAAUACAGACAGAAAUGUCAAUGAUAUCUAAGUUCUAAAUGAACUGAUAAGAGAUAGGUCAGGCUCAGAUCAUGCCUUCUUCUGAAGUUCAGUCAGUGUAGAUCAGAUAAUAGUAAAAUAAUUUAUAUUAUCUCUUAAAACAUUAUGAUAAAUUCUCAAUGAUGUGUUCAUAUGUCUCUGUACUCAGAAUUACCUUGCUGCCUUCUUGCAUUAUUCAGGUGACAGCAGUCUUAGGAAUGAAAACUACUCUUUAAUGGGUAUAAAAUGAUGGUGAUGAUGAAUGAACAUAGUGCUUAAUUCUGGCUAAUACAUUUCCUUGGGAUCCUUUCCAUGAUGCUUUUCCAAAUGUUUGGGAUUUUUGAGAAACACCUUCCAUUCUAAGAAAAUGAACAAUCUUCUUGCAGAUCUGUGUUGGAAAUAAUCACCCUUCCACUAUAUGUAUUUAUCUUUCCCAUUGACCUCCCUUCCUGCUCCCAAAUAGAUUGCACAGUGAAAAAAUUGUUCAGAAAUAUCUGUUUUCCACAUUGGGAUGUCAAAUAUUUUUUCUACGGCAUUACUGUAGAUGAGCUAUAGGCAUGACUCCACUUCAGUUCCUAGCUUGUUACAGUGGUGAUUAUAAAAGAACCACCCCUUCUUUAAUUUUUAAAAAGCCAGACCAAAACAACGGACUUUUCAAUUCUAUGCAUGUCUACCAAGGCCACUCUUCCCAUCAGACAGGGCGACUGCCCUCCUCCCAUGGCAGACCAGCAGGAUGGUAGAUCCCUCCUAUGCCCCGAGGAGGAUCCCUGCAGCCAUUCCCACCAUCGCCCCAUUGCUGCUUGUCUGUUGGGGAAAUGCACCAACAGGCUCCUUGGUGGAACUGACACCUCGCCCCCCUCUCUUGCUCUGAGCCUUCUUGCAAAACAAGGGACCAGCAUCUGGAGAACUCACUUGCCUGCUCUCUUGCUUUAGGGGAAGACUCAUAGCGAGAGACGGCCUUCUUGUCUCCAUGCCCACCCACCCAAUCUCUUACUUUGGGAGAGAUCAGGGGGCUGAGCAGCCUCUCCAGAAAGUCCACCUGCUCAAUCGCUCACUGUGGAGGAGGGCACCUGCGGCAGGGUCAUGGUGGGCAUCCUACUGCCUCUGGCAGAGGGUAUCUUGUCUCCUCGCCAAUAAAUCCCAUUGAGUGAAAUACGAUUGCAUUCAGUCCCUUCUGAUGCAUGAGAAUGUGUUGUGAAACUAAAAAGAAAGCUCACCCAGAACUUCUGUUGCCACUACUUAUUCAGAACUAAAGAGGUAUUUGAAGGUAAGGAAAUAAAAUUAAAUUCUUUGAAAAUAUAGCUAAUCACUGUGAGAGAGCAGGAAAGUUACUAUACUCUUUUAUAAAGAAAAGCAAUUUAGCCUUGCUGCCUUAAGGGAGAUGGAGCAGUCCACAUAAAUAUAUAAGCCUGUUUGUAAAGAAGGGUUUUAUUUUACACAGUAGGAAACUCAUAAAGGAAGACUCCAGUUUCAACUUCUUUACAAUGUUCCAACUAAGAUGUUAUUGUCUUAUUAAAAUACUUAUUAUUUAGGUUGCCACAUGCA